AAUACAACACUUAACUUCCUCUUUUGAUUCACCUCGACCAGCUGUGUCGCCUUUUCAUGAUGGAGAAAACUAGCUCCCUUGUUUCUGUUACAUUUCUAUUGUUGGUGCACUACUACUACUACUCUCUCAUGGCUUGCUUGGCUGUGACGGUGAGUACUAGUAGGAGGACUGCAACCAAUAUCACCACUGAUCAAUCGGCUCUUCUUGCCCUGAAAUCCCACAUCACUAGCGACCCUCGCAGUAUUUUGGCCAACAAUUGGACCACCUCAACCUCCCAUUGCAACUGGAUUGGUGUCCAUUGCAGCACUCGCCACCACAGAGUUGCUGUCUUGAACCUUUCUUACAUGGGCCUAAGAGGCACCAUCCCUCCACACAUUGGAAACCUCUCCUUUCUAGCCUUUCUAGACAUCAGAAACAACAGUUUCUAUGGUAAUGUCCCCGAAGAGAUUGGUCAUUUGCGUAGACUAGAAUCCAUCAAUUUCUUUUCCAAUGACUUUACAGGAAACGUUCCUAAAGAAAUCGGCAAGCUUGCUAGUCUAAAGUUUCUGAAUAUGAGGUGGAACCAACUUUCGGGCUCCAUACCUGCCCCCAUCUUCAAUAUCUCCUCACUGGAAACUAUUUCUUUCACAAGUAAUAGUCUGUCGGGUAAUCUUCCAGCGGAUAUGUGCUACCUUCUUCCAAAACUCUCCAGGCUUAAUCUGUCCCACAACCAGUUUGAAGGCCAAAUUCCUUCCACUUUAGAUGAAUGCUCCAAACUUCAAACCUUGUCAUUGUCAUAUAACAAAUUUUGUGGAGCAAUACCAAGAGAAAUUGGAAACUUGACCUUCCUGAAAUGGUUAUAUCUUGGCGCAAACAAUUUAGAAGGAAACAUUCCUACAGAAAUUGGCAAGCUUGCUAAUCUGAAGGAUUUGGACAUGGGGUGGAAUCAGCUUUCGGGCUCCUUACCAGCCUCCAUCUUCAACAUCUCCUCACUGGAAGGAAUUGGUUUGGACAAUAAUACCCUGUCGGGUAAUCUUCCAAUGGAUAUGUGCUACAGUCUUCCAAAACUAUACUCGCUUAGUUUGUCGUACAACCAGUUUGAUGGCCAAAUUCCUUCAUGUGAAUGCUCGGAACUUCAAACCUUGUGGUUGUCAAAUAACAAAUUCAAUGGAGAAAUACCAAGAGAUAUUGGGAACUUAACAUUCCUAAAAGAGUUAUAUCUUGGCGGAAACAACUUGAAAGGGAAAAUUCCACAACUGGGAAAUCUUCAUAAUUUGGAGAUACUAUCAAUUAAGGAAGCUGGCCUCACUGGUACCAUUCCAUCUUUUGUCUUUAACAUUUCUUCUUUGAAAGAGAUUUAUCUGGCUAAGAAUCACUUUACUGGUAGUCUCCCAAGUGGGAUGAGCCGGCAUCUUCCUAUGCUCCAGAAACUUUAUCUUUACAGAAAUGAACUGUAUGGAAGCAUUCCAAGAGAAAUUGGAAACUCUACUUCAUUGAUUCAAUUAUCUGUGGGGGAGAACAGUUUCACAGGUGCAAUACCAGAAGAGAUUGGAAACCUUCACGAUCUGGAUUUUUUAGAUUUAAGUUUGAAUAGGUUAAAAGGUCCGAUUCCGGAAACAAUUUUCAACAUGUCGAAACUACGAAUCCUUUCACUGGUUAACAAUUAUCAUCUCUUAGGCAAACUUCCGUCAAGGAUUAGGUUACCCAAUCUUGAAGGAUUAUACAUUGCUGGAAAUAAAUUCAAUGGAAUUAUCCCUCACUCUAUCUCAAAUCUUUCCAAACUCACUCAUUUAGAACUUUCCAAUAACAAUUUUAAUCAUUCAAUUCCCAACUCACUUGGUAACUUGAGACAACUAGAAUUUCUAGACCUAUCAUGGAACAAUUUCAACAGCGAAUCUCCAAACCAAGAAUUAAGUUUUAUCAUUGCCUUGACAAAUUGCAAACACUUGACAACAUUGUGGAUAGAUAACAAUCCUUUGAAUGGCAUCCUUCUAGUUUCCGUUGGGAAUUUUUCCACUUCACUUCAAGAUAUCCGGGCAAGUUAUUGUGAAAUUAAGGGCAGCAUUCCCAACCAUAUUGGUAACUUGACCAAUUUAGCUUUCUUAAGUCUAAGUGGCAACGGCUUCACUGGAUCUAUUCCAACGACAAUGAAAGAGUUGCAAAAGAUUCAAAUCUUAGAUUUUGGAAUUAACAAGAUACAAGGCCCCAUUCCAAAUAAUCUUUGCCACUUACACAACUUGGGUUUAUUAGCUCUGAAUGAAAAUGAACUUUUUGGUCCCAUUCCAACUUGCUUAGGGAAUAUUACAUCUCUAAGAAAACUUUUUCUGGGUUCCAACAAAUUAUCCUCCACAGUGCCCAUAAAUUUGUUCAGCCUCAAAGAUAUUUUGUAUAUGGACUUGUCCUCAAAUUCUUUAAGUGGCUAUCUUCCCUCAGAGAUUGGAACUUUAAAGGCUGCAAUACAAAUAGAUUUGUCACUGAAUAGAUUCUCUGGUGAUAUCCCCAACUCAAUUGGAGGUCUGCAAAGCUUAAUCAUUCUUUCUUUGGCACACAAUAAACUACAAGGACCUAUUCCUCAGUCAUUCGGCAAUUUGAUAAGCUUGCAAUCCUUGGAUCUAUCUUACAACAAUCUCUCAGGCAUAAUUCCGAAGUCAAUGGAGUCACUGCUGCUUCUUCAGUAUUUCAAUGCAUCAUUCAAUAGGCUAAGAGGAGAAAUUCCCAGUGGAGGACCAUUUGUAAACUUCAUAAAUCAAUCCUUCAAGUCAAAUGAAGCCCUCUGUGGUGCCCCACAGUUCCAAGUCCCACCAUGCCGUUCAAGCUCUCUUCACAGAUCAAGAACAAAAAAAAUUGUUCUAGUUGUUUACAUUUUGUUGCCAAUUGCUUUAAUUGCCUUGAUCUUAACAUUUGUCUCAAUAAAAUGUCGAAAGAGAAACAGAAUUCCAAUUGAAACAGAUUUGUUACCCAUGUUACCACAAGGAAGAAUUUCACACCAAGAACUUCUAUGCGCUACUGAUGGUUUUAGUGAUAAAAACUUGCUUGGAAUGGGAAGUUAUGGUUCUGUUUACAGAGGGAGAUUUACAGAUGGGACCAUUUUUGCCAUCAAGGUAUUCAAUGAGCAACUAGAAGGUGCUUCCAAGAGUUUUGAUACAGAAUGUGAAAUGUUGCGCAACAUUCGUCAUAGAAAUCUCACCAGAAUAAUCAACAGUUGCUCCAAUCUAGAUUUCAGAGCUUUGGUGCUCCAAUACAUGCCUAAUGGGAGUCUUGAAAAGUGGUUGUAUUCUCCUAACUAUUUCUUAGAUAUCUUACAAAGAUUAGACAUAAUGAUAGAUUUGGCAUGUGCGCUCGAUUAUCUCCAUCAUGGUUAUUCAAUUCCGUUGGCUCAUUGUGAUCUGAAGCCCAACAAUGUUCUGUUGGAUGAAAAUAUGGUUGCACAUCUCAGUGAUUUUGGCAUUUCAAAGUUCCUGGGUGAGGGUGAGAGUAUUACACACACCAAGACUCUUGCUACAUUAGGAUAUAUUGCACCAGAGUACGGAUCGGAAGGAUUAGUAUCCACAAGAUGCGAUGUUUAUAGUUAUGGUAUUAUGUUAAUGGAAAUAUUUACAAGAACCAAGCCCACUGACGAUAUGUUUGUUGGAGAUUUGAGCUUGAAGGUCUGGGUAAGUGAGUCACUACGUAAUGCAAUAAUUAAGGUUACAGAUGCCAGCUUGCUCAGUCGAGAAGGAGGACAACUUGGUGCAAAGGUACAGUGUGUAUCAUCCAUCAUGCAAUUAGCUCUGAAAUGUUGUGCAGAAUCACCCCAAGAUAGGAUAAACAUAAAAGAAGCCCUGGCAACACUAAAGAAGAUCAAACAUAUGUUUCUUGCAAGCCGUGAAGGCAAUAAACACGAAGAUUGCAUUGCUUUGAGAGGUGGAAGCGAUGGUGGCUCCUCUGCUCCAUGAUAUCAGAACUAUGUCUGAAAGGGAGUUUGCUCUGUAAAAUAGAUAGAUGACAUUGGUGGAGGCACAUAUAUGUUAUGUCACAAUUCAUUUCAUUGAUUGUCUUUAAGAUCUAGUGGUCAUGUACUGCUUUGCUGUUUUUAUUCUGUGUAUUCUAGCUGUAUGCUGCAUGCUGCAUGCAUGUUUUUAUGGUAUCUAUGCAUAAUGUUUUUUUUAAUUAUUACUAUGGUGUAGCCUUGAUGCGUUCAGUACAUUUUUAAUGGGAUCUGUCCAAAGUGAUUUCAUUCUAACAAUGCUUAUGUUGCAUUUGCUUUACGAAAUCUUAAUCAUAGUGAUUUGAAUUAGCGAAAUAAAAUUUAACCUAUAUGAUGACAUGGUUACCCAUGUAGGUAACUGACAGUUUUAAACUGAAAGUGAGUCUAUGAUACAAAGUUUUGUGCAUUUUCAAUUACUCAUCAAAGUUAUCAGCGGUUCUUCCAACCUAGAUUUCAGAGCCUUGGUACUCUAAUAUAUGGCUAAUGGGAGUCUCGAAAAGUGGUUGUACUCUCAUAACUAUUUCUUAGAUAUCCUCCAGAGAUUAAACAUAAUGAUAGAUGUGGCAAGAGCGCUGGACUAUCUCCACCAUAGUUAUUCAAUACAAUUGGUUCACUGUGAUUUGAAUCCUAAUAAUUUCCUGCUAGAUGAAGAUAUGGUCGCACAUGUUAGUGAUUUUGGAAUUUCAAAGUUCUUGGAUAAGGGGGAAAGUUUUGUGCACACCAAAACUCUCGCUACUUUGGGAUAUAUAGCACCAGGUGAAGUUUUAACUUCUGUAUUUAUUCAAAUCUUACUUUAGUUAUUUGUUUAUUUUUCAUUUUAGCUUAAAACAAUUUUUAAUUGGAGUUUUACUUUCCUUCCACAUUUAAUUCUUUUGAUUAAAUCUGAUGUUGGAAAUUGAGUAUGGAUUGGAAGGACUAGUAUAAAAAAGGUCCGACAUUUACAGUUAAUGGACAUGUUUACAAGGACUAAGCCAACUGAUGAGAUGUUUGCUGGAGACUUAAGCUUAAAGCUAUGGAAUCACCACAGGAGAGGAUCACCAUGAAAGAAGCGCUAACAACACUAGAGAAGAUUAGAUAUAAGUUUCUAUGCAAGAAUCAUGAAGGUUGCACUGCUUUGAGAGGUGGAACUAAUUGUAGCUCCUAUGCUCCAUGAUACUGAAACGUCUCAAAUGAAUUUUGCUGUGUCACACAUCUGUUGGUUCAUUUUGAUAGGAAAAAAACAUAUGGAUAUAUAUGGUGUUGUCUGUAACCCUGUCAGUCUAUUGGCUUGAUUUUCUUUAAGAUCUAGUGGACAUGUCUUGCUUCGGUUCUGUAUACUCUGUGUUUUUCUAGCUAGUUGUGUGCGGUAUGUAUGUUUUCAUUA